CUCGAAGAGGACGUGGUGCAGCCGAAGCCGGAAGGAGUUCAGUUGGGCUCCCGCGGUGCAGAUAUAUAAGAUCUCAUCCAAGGAGAAAAAGACGAGGACAACGCCUUGGACGAUUGUGGUGAGGAUCCACGUGCUAUCAAAUGGCGGGAUUGAAUGUUCGAGAUCCUGCCGUGGAUCGAUCUUUACGGUCGGUUUUCGUCGGGAACAUCCCAUAUGAGGCCACCGAGGAACAGCUGAAGGAUAUUUUUUCUGAAGUGGGACCAGUUGUCAGCUUUAGACUGGUGUAUGACAGGGAAACUGGUAAACCAAAAGGUUAUGGCUUCUGUGAGUAUCAGGACCAGGAAACCGCGCUCAGUGCCAUGCGCAACCUGAACGGAAGAGAGUUCAGUGGCAGAGCUCUGCGGGUCGAUAACGCAGCCAGUGAGAAGAACAAAGAGGAGCUGAAGAGUCUUGGAACAGGGGGACCUAUAAUCGAGUCUCCAUAUGGGGAUCCAAUGCCUCCAGAGGAUGCUCCGGAGUCUAUAAGUCGAGCUGUUGCUAGUCUACCCCCUGAACAGAUGUUUGAACUUAUGAAACAGAUGAAGCUGUGUGUGCAGAACAGUCCCCAAGAAGCCCGAAAUAUGCUCUUACAGAACCCACAGCUGGCCUACGCCCUCCUUCAGGCUCAGGUGGUCAUGAGGAUUGUGGACCCUGAAAUCGCCAUGAAAAUCCUUCAUCGUCCAAACAUGGCUCCACCCAUGUUAACAGGAAACCCACAGAACAUUCAAGGUCCAAAUGUUCCACUUGGUCAAGCUAAUGCUCCUGGUGGGCCGCCUGCACCUGUGGGAGGUAUGCAUGUGAAUGGUGCUCCACCAAUGAUGCAGUCGCUACCCAUGCAGAGUGGAGGUCCAGGUCCUAUAAACCCUGGACAAGGACAAAUUCUUCAGGGCGUUAAUAUUCCGGAUCCUCGAGCUCCUCUACAGCGUGGUCCUCCAGCAAAUAGCGCCCCACCACGUGGGCUUCUUGGAGAUGGCCCUAAUGACCCACGAGGAGGAACACUGCUUAGCGUAACCAUCGAUGAGCAGCCUAACCGUGGCUAUUUGCCACCACCUUUACAAGGUGGUGUACCUUUGCACCAUGAUAAUAGAGGUCCUGCAACCCUUGAAAUUAGAGGGGGCCCCAUGGGAGAACCACCUCGUGUCAUGAUUGGAGAUUCAAGAGGAGCGCCCAUGUUGGAUCCACGUGUUCCUGCUUUGGAUUCAAGAGCCCCUAGAGACUCAAGAGCAAUGGAACCUCGACCCAUGGAUGUAAGGGGCUCUGUUCCCGCUCCCACAUCCAGAGGUCCCAUGCCUGGCAUGCAGGUGUCAGGAUCUGUGGGUCCUCAGCCCCCGAGACCAGUUGCUAAUGUUCAAGCAUCUUCAGGACAAGGUGGCUUUAGUCCUGGACAGAACCAGAUCACCCCACAGGACCAUGAGAAGGCUGCUCUGAUAAUGCAGGUUCUGCAGUUAACCUCAGACCAGAUCGCCAUGUUGCCACCUGAGCAAAGACAGAGCAUCCUCAUCUUAAAGGAGCAGAUUCAGAAGUCCACAGGCGCCCCAUGAGCGUGUCAUUACUGUCAUGUGGAAACUAAAGCAGUCUCUUUCAGAAUUUUUUUGCCCUGCUAGUUUUUGUGUGAUUUAGUGUCUGUUAAUAAUAAACGGUAUUACAUUGAAUAUUUCCGCACAGAUCGGGUGUAGGCCUCAAGGCCAAACUGAGAAAAUAAUGAUCCUUCUUCCCGGUAUCUGCAGAUGAUACCUGCUGGUUCACCAUGUCCUCUGUUCUGUAAAAUAAAGUAUUACCACUGAU